AUGUUCGUGGAUAGGAAGGAAAAGUACACACUUCUCGCACUUUUACUAUUACGAGCGGCAUUAGUGUACGGUGCUCGUAGGAAUCUUAUUGCUCUGAAUGAACGUUCCAAUCAGUCCGGCAUGAUAAGAGGUAUCUCGGAGAUGGUAAACCUGUUAGCGCCCAAAUCGUUAGUGAUUUUGGUACAAAACGAAACAAAAAUCGAUCGGCUCGACAAGCUCACCGUAAUGAUCCAUCAUCAUAACAUACCCACCUGUGUCUAUUACGAUCUGGAACAGUACUUCAGUUUAAUUGAGGAAAAUCUCGAACAAUCGCUGGAAAUUACAUCACUCAUAUUCUGCCAUCCGGAAGACAUGCUGCAGGACAUUACCGACCGACGGUUGGCACAUCGACUAAGUUUGUUCAUCUUUUAUUGGGGUGCUUCGCAACUGCCGGCUACGCUGAACCAUAAUCUGCUAAAGGAACCCUUCCGAGUGGCCAUCAUUACGAACCCAAGGCGCAAUAUCUUUCGGAUAUUUUACAAUCAAGCCAAACCAAACAACCGUGGAGAUAUGGUGAGUGUAAACUGGUUCGAUGGGAACGAUAUGACGUUCAAGCGGGUGCCACUGCUUCCCUCACCGACGGAGGUCUACAAGAACUUUGCAGGGCGCAUUUUUAACAUUCCGGUCAUACACAAACCUCCAUGGCAUUUCAUCGUUUAUGGCAACGUGAGCGCCAACGCAGCUGAAAUGACGAACGGUACCAACAGUGACGACGCCGUGGGAUUCGAAAUGGAGCUGGAAAAGAAUGUGACGGUCGAAAGUGACGAUACCUAUUUCACGGUGAAAGGUGGACGCGAUCAUAACCUGAUGCAGCUGAUCGCGGAGCGGAUGAAUUUCAGCUUUCAGUACGUGGAACCACCCGAAAAGAUCCAGGGUAUAGCUCUCGGGUCGGAGGACAACGCUAGCUUUUCGGGCGCCCUUGGAAUGCUCCAGCGCAGGGAGGUGGAGUUAUAUCUAGGGGACGUUGCUGUGACCUGGGAAAGGAUGAAAGCGGUCGAGUUUUCUUUCUUUACGCUGGCCGACUCGGCGGCCUUUGUAACACACGCACCGCGGAAGCUGAACGAAGCGUUAGCUCUUGUGCGUCCAUUUCAGAUUACGGUUUGGCCACCGGUGAUCAUAACUAUUUUGAUUUCUGGACCCAUACUAUACAUCAUUAUCUCCACGCCCUAUCGAUGGAGGUACGGCUGUAAUGGAGUUAAUUCACGGCACCGGAAUCGCUAUCAAACGUUCCGGCAGCGCAAACCAGCCUUUUACAACAUGCGUUAUAUCGAGGAAAUGAGCUACACACGUGUCGUGGCUCGGCGAACUUUCAGGACCAACGAUGGUCAGGAUUAUCCAAGCUUAGACCGUUGCAUAUGGUAUACGAUCAACGUGUACUUAAGGCAAUCGGCCAACAUUCCAUUCGAUGGUCAUCUUGCGCGGUUCUUCUCGAUCUUGCUUUGGCUGUGCGCUACCUACGUACUCGGAGACGUCUAUUCGGCACAGCUAACGUCCCAGCUGGCACGCCCGGCACGCGAAAGCCCUAUCAAUACGCUCGGACGGUUAGAAAAUCGCAUGACACGUGAUGGGUACGAGUUGUUGGUGGAACGCCAGAGUGCAUUCCAUGCUGCGCUGGUAAACUCUACCGGCGUAUUACAACGGCUCUAUCGACUGACACGACAACGAUCGGUAAACGAUUCCUUUCUGGUCAAAUCCGUCGAGGAAGGCAUACGUGUGUUGCAGAGUGAUCCGAAGUACGCUGUCUUUGGAGGUCGAGAAACGUUAUAUUUCAACACCAAACGGUACGGUGCUAAUCGGUUUCAGCUGAGCGAGAAGCUGUACACGCGCUAUUCUGCUGUGGCCGUGCAGAUAGGAUGUCCGUUUUUGGACAGCUUGAACGAGGUCAUCAUGCACCUGUUCGAGGCAGGCAUUGUGGAGAAGAUAACCAUAGCAGAAUACGAGCAGAUGUUCGGACGCCAUAAGGGAGGCAUUUCGCACUCGGAAGAAACUGUGCGCUCGACGAAAUCUACCAACUCUGACUGUGACACAGACGGUACCGGGAACAAACGAAAGACGGAUUCGAACGAUAAACUGCAGCCAAUGAAUUUACGCAUGUUGCAAGGCGCAUUUCUGGUGCUAGCAUGUGGUCACAUGCUUGGAGGAGUUUGUCUGUUUAUUGAAAGACACAUUAAAAUGAUCAAGAGAUGUGGGGAAAUAAUCGACCACAUUGGUGUUAAGAUUGCACAGUGGAAGUGA